AUGGAUUCCCUAUUAAUGAAGAAAAAAAGAGUAAUCCCCAUCCACAAAACUCCUUAUAACACCAGCGAAGAUAUGACCCAAGAGUCUCAGGAUCAGAUUUGCAGCAACCCGAAUUGUUUCUUUUGCACCAUAAGAGAAACAGAUGCAUCUCCCAGAAGGGCUAAAAUAGCUAGCUGCUUCAAAGCGAUGCUUAUAGGAGAGAAUCAAGAACAUGUCUUGGUGCUGAGUGGAUUAUGGCGUAUUGCUAUGACCCAACCCAAUGACCCAGAGUUCCCUUCCCUUGGCAUAUUCAAGUGCAUGUCAAAUCUCAUCUACAAAGGUAUAAAAGACAAGAACUGGCUUCUUACAAAUCAAAAUAUAUACAUACCCUAUUAUGCUGCUCAUAUUAUUGGCUCUUACACCAUGAAUAAGGAAGAGUUUGCUCAAAUAGCUGUGCAAUCAGGUGUUAUACCACCAUUAUUGGAGCUGCUGAGUGGUAAGAUAAGUUGGGUUGAGCAAAGAGUUGCUGUUCGAGCACUUGGUCACUUGGCCAGUUAUGAGAGUACCUUCGAAUCAGUAGCACAAUACGAACAAGAGGUGGUGAAAAUGGCCUUGAACUUGGCUUCCACUUGCUUAGAAGUGGUCUAUGUUGACUUUGUAGGUGUGAAAGAUGUGAACAAAAGAAUGGAGCACCACAGGAACUUGUUGACUAGAGGCGUUGGAGAUUUGGAGAUGGAGAAUCGCAAGGCAGAGGAAUGGGCUAGCCAACUUCAGUGCUGGUCUCUUCAUCUGCUGAAUUGCUUUGCUUGCAAAAACAGGUCUCUGAAUCUCAUCUGUAAUAUGGUGUUUUUGAAUGACCUGUGCGAUAUGUGGGGUGGAUUGGUGAAUCACACUUCACCUGCUGGGGUUGGAUUGAUUAGAAUCCUAUGUUAUAGUAAACUUGGAAGGAGAAGCAUUGCUGAGUCCCCCAAAGUUAUAAAGUCUCUCGGUAACCUCUCAAGAUCUUCAGAUGAUUGGCAAUAUAUGGGUAUCGAUUGUCUUGUACUGCUUCUAAAGGACCCAGAUACGAGGUACAAAGUUAUUGAUAUUGCCACUUCAUACCUAGUUGAUUUGAUUGAACUUCAAAGCCUUGGAGAUAAAUCAAAUGUUGGUGAGACCAUCACAAAGGUUCUCCUUCUAGAACAUAAUCAUAGCAAAUUGAAAAUCAACAGACAAAAAGUUGAAACGGCAUUGCAAGAAGUGCUAGAUUUGAAGUUGGACGAGGAGAAACUAAUGUCCAAAGAAAAAUUAGAGGAAACAAGGGUUUUGGUUAGUUUGAUAAAGCAACAAGCGAAUCACAUGUUCAGGUUGGGAAAGGUAGAAGGAGCUUUAUUGAAAUAUUGUGAAGCAAUGGAAGUUUGCCCCUUGAGGUUUAGAAAAGAAAGAAUGGUGCUUUAUAGUAAUAAAUCCCAAUGUCAUCUUCUGCUUAAAAACCCAGAUUCAGCCAUCAGUGACUCAACCCGUGCUCUUUGCCUCUCCAACCCAGCAAACACACACAUCAAAAGCCUUUGGAGAAGGUCACAGGCUUAUAACAUGAGAGGAAUGGCCAAAGAGAGCUUAAUGGACUGCAUAAUGUUCAUGAAUGGUUGCAUCAAGUCAGAUCAGACCAAGCGCGUCAAGAUUCCAUACCACGCCGCGCGUAUGAUCAGCAAACACAUGGAUGCCACAUGGCUCUUCGCCACUGCUCGCUCAAAGGUAAUAAAUAAGAAUCUAGUUGUGGAAAAUACAAAAGAAUCUAAUAUGAAUGAGGGAAUUAACUAUGAAGAGCAAUUGAUGAUGAUGGAGAAGACAAGUCUCGUGCCUGGUCUAUCUACCAUCAUUGAAGAACCUUUUCACGCAAAAGAAGCUGGUAGGAGAAAGAUGGAAAGGGCAAGAAGGAGAUUAAAGAAAGCAGUUGUAGCUCGACCAGUGUAA